GUUCGAAGAAGGCGCUUGAAGAGACAGGAGUUAAGUAAUCAAGUUUAAGCUAUUUAUCAAGAAAUCUUAUCAAAAACAGUUCUUUUAAGAACUUCGCCACCGCAUAGUUCUGAAAACAUGGAAAUUUUAUAUUUCUUGUUUCUUGCACACAUUAUUGUGGUUGUUCAGCCCGUCGUUUUGAAUGUCACCUCCCAUGAAUUGCUUCAUGAUUUGCUAUCUAAAUUUGGAACAAACCCUACAGAUUGGAGAUAUCGCCAACCAGUACCAUUGGGAGAAAAUAACGAAUAUCAAGUGUUUAUUUGGUCUCCGUUGGAACAGUUUGAAUUAAGUUUGUCAUGUCCCACACAUAACUUGUUGUUAAAGCCAUCAUCAUGGACAUCAAAUUUAAUUACACCUAAUUCCAACUACAACCCAAGGUUAAUAUACGACUUGUUUUGUAAUUUAUUGUUGGUGCAAAGGUUUUAUAGUUGUCCUUUUCGGCAUUCAUUUUUAUCGUGCAGUUCUAUUAUGAUGAAUCUGUUGGAUGACAAAGUAAUUAAAAAGUUUCCAUAUAAGAAAUACCAUCAGACAGUUUUUUCUAAUCGCAUCAUUGAUUACGUAUUUGAUCAACUAAUCCAUGGCAACAAUUUUAAUCAGAUAACAGAAAGUAUAAGCAACCUUCAUUUCUUGGAAUAUCAACGGAGUCAUGACGCCAAUCUUGAGGGAUUUUAUGAAAAUGUAAUGUAUUCUUUUCCUGGCAGAGAUAAGAUUUUAAGCACAUUCUUGGACAUUUUUCAAGACAGAAGGUCGUUAUACGUAAAAGGUGUGGAGGAAUGUGUACCAGCUGUUUGCAUUAGUGCAGACCACACGUUUAAAAUUGCAAAGAAUAUUGGAGGUUAUAGAGAAGAAGAUGAUAGCUGGGUAAACGAAAAUCGAAAGGUCUUUAUUGUUAUGGAUGAAAAGCAUAGGGUGUGUGGAUGGAAAGUUACAAAAACUGUUGGUCAUGCAGAGAUUCAACCUAUAUUGAAUAGCAUACAUCAGAGAAUGAGUAAUAAUACUACACUUUUAUAUGCCAUUGUUGACAACUGCUGUGAGUCGAAAGACCUUUAUCAGUCUGUUUUUCCUGGCAUUGACGUAAAGUUAGAUCUUUUUCACGCCAUAAAAAGGCUAACUUCGAACAUUCCAAAAUUAAUGUCAGGAAGAAAGGCUUUCUGCAACAACCUAGGCCUGAUCAUCAGACAGAAGGAUGAUAUUGGUAACAUAAGAACAAAGCCAACAGAAGGAGCUGAUAACAUCUUGAGUAAUUUGGACAACUUUAUUUCCAAUCACAAGGAAUUUAUUACCAAUCUCCCCGAAAAAAAGAGAAAGCAGUUUUAUGCAGAAGUUUUAAAAUUGAAAAAACACAUUCAGAAAGGUUGCCUGACAGGUAUUAUGCCUGGCCAUGGCACUGAAGCUAAUGAAAAUAUACACAGCUUACUAAAUCGUAGUUGUCUAGUUGGUGCAUCAACUAUAAGUCCUGAGCUGGUUUUAGCUAUUUUAACUGUUCUCUUUUAUUCAUACAAUAAGAAGAUUGAUGGGAAAAAGCACAUCUGCAAUAGUAAAGUUAUCCCUAUAAGACCAAUUGAUACUGUCAUUGCGAAAUCAAUUAACACUUCUCCAGAAGUAAAAUCUGACAUUGAUGUACAUGAUGUUUUAGAGAUCUCCGAUUUUUCAGCUGACACUGUCCUUUUGAAGAUAAUGCAAAAAAUACUAAACAACUUAACAACAUUUAAAGAAAUAGAGCAGAUUUGCUCUAAAAGAAUGUUUCAAAUGGAAACUUUACUUAAUAAAGGUCAAUAUAUCUCAGUCUUCGAUAGUAAUACCAUUGAUGAAUUGGAACAUACGGAAACAUUACGAAGUAACUGUUUGGCAUUUGGAUUGGAAAUGACCAGUAUUCUGAAAGAUGGUGAUUGUCUGUUUGCCAGCAUUUUGCAACAAGUCCAUUCUGUUUCGGGGGAUAAAAAUUGGGAGGAACAUAUCCAAUCCCUCAAUCUGUAUCAGCAUGAUGAUAAAACAUUGAUUCUGAAUUUAAGGAAAAUGUUUGUGGAUGAGGUUACUACAAAUCACAAAUAUGCAGGAUUUAUAGUAAAUGGUGAUGAUGUAACACCUUUUUUAAAUCAUGGUGUUUUUGCACACAACUUUGGUGAUCUUGUUAUUAGUGCCUGCAGCAACAUAUUACGUGUUCCUAUAUUUGUUAUAUCUUCAAUAAAAGAUAUGUCUGCUGUUACUUUCUUCCCUGACCUACAGAUUCGAAAUAAUCCACUUAUGAUUGCUUUUAAUGCUUUUGAGUGUCAUUACAAUGGUACUGCUAAAUACAGAAACAAAGCAGAUGAAACAGGUUUAAAUGGUCAGGAAAUUUGCAAAUGCUCGACUUCAUAUGGCAAUCCAUCAUGUUCAUCUAUUUCAAAAUACUCAAGCCGAUGUCCAUGCCUAAAGAUGGGAAAGAACUGCUCCAGUAAUUGUAAAUGCACAAAUUGUGCAAAUUCUAAAGAACCAAUGAAAAAGCCAGUCACAGGAUGCAGGUGUGGAGAGGCUAUGAAAGGAGGAACCACAAGCUGCGUGAAUGUGCAGGGCAAACGAGCUACGAAAUGCAAAUGCUUUCGGUCAAAAAAUCCUUGUGGCAAGCUGUGCUUUUGUAAAGGAUGCAAAAAUGAAUAUGGUGCAAGACAGUGCAUUAUGAAAUCUGAAGCGACAAGCAGUAGAAAAAGUCAAACCAUUCCUUCUUAUAAACGAAAGCGUACAACAGCCUUUUUAAAAGAGAAUGACGAUGAACUCUCUCAUGGCAAAUGGACUUUCGUGGAGACCUUGUCGUUGUGGAACUGUUAUCACCUGGUUGUGCAAGCUAACCUAUUACCAUCAGUUGAAAAUAUACACACAUUGUAUAAUCUAGUGUAUAACGCUCAGACAGACUUUGUAGGCCUUAAGUUACGACCAAAGUCAAUUAAUAGCAUUCAUUUUAAACUGAUAAAUCUCUCUUUGAUAUAAUUUUUAUAAAAAUAGCUAUUUUGUCAACUGCCAGCUUUUUAGUGUUAUAAGUGUAAAUACAAAAAAGACACUUCAGAAUGCUAAUGUGCGCAGCCAUUAAGGGCUAUGGGAAAAAGCUGAAUCUGUUCUAUUACAUUAUUUUAUUACACUGAAAUGUAGUGCUUUUUUAAGUUCACAGUUGGGGAACUUAAUUAAAAAAAAACGCUUUUAGUUACGUUUAAUAUAUGGACAUCUUUCCUUCUCAAACAUAAAAAUAUUUCCUUUUCGAAUAAGUGCUCUGGCAUUUAAUUGAAGAUUUACAGUAGUAUAUGCAAACCUUUCUCGUAUUUUGUGUUGUUAAACUUGCUAACUAUUGUGUAUAUUCAUAUUUUAACCCUAUGGUUCUUGACUUAUAUUUAAAACAUAAUUUUGACAAUUUUUUAUUUUUGUUUGUUAUAUGAUGAAAUCAUAGAACCUUGGUAUUAAAAUAGACUUCAGCUGGUUUUGAAUAAACACAAAUUCUCCAAAGAAAUCUGUACACUAAACUACAAUGAAGAUUCUUAUUUCUGGGGUUAUUUUUGUUUUUAAAUCUAUUACAUGUUUUAAUAGAGUUUUUAAAGCAUUAAUAAAUGCUUCCGAUCUAUGUUAUUUCUUUUGUUAUAGAUUAUUACUAAAUUUUUCUUAACAUAACCUAUCAGUUUGAAACUAGUUCUCUCUAUAUUUAUUUACUUUAAAAGUAAGGAAAAAACAAACAAACCCGAUACAAUUUCCGCGCUGACAAAUUUUCUUGAGAAACGUCACAUAAUGCGUCAAGCAAAUAUCUUCUAAACCUAGCUGAAUCAUUCAGUGUAUUGUUUCCUCUCUUAUUCCAUUAUUUUGUUUUUCUAAACUAAAUAAUAGAAUUGUUAUUUUAUUUUUCUAAACUAAAGACCCUGGGCUUUAGCUUAGUUUUUGUGU